GGUGGCGGCGGCAGCAAGAUGGCGGUGGCGGGCAAGGGGGUGGUGUCGGCCGCCGUGAAGCCGAUCUUCAGCCGGGACCUGGGCGAGGCGAAGCGGCGCGUCAGGGAGCUGUACCGGGCCUGGUACCGCGAGGUGCCCAACACGGUGCACCUGUACCAGCUGGACAUCACGGUGAAACAGGGGCGUAACAAGGUGCGGGAGAUGUUCAUGAAGAAUGCCCACGUCACGGAUCCACGCGUGAUAGACAUGCUGGUUAUUAAGGGGAAAAUGGAGCUUCAAGAAACCAUUCAUGUCUGGAAGCAGAGGACUCAUGUCAUGAGGUAUUUCCACGAGACGGAAACUCCGCAACCUAAAGACUUUCUGUCCAAAUUCUAUGCAGGCCACAAUCCCUGAGAAACUGACUCUGUGUGUUCCUGCCUUAUAUUACAAAUAAAGUUCUAUACAAUAGAAAAAAAAAAUCCAUACAAAGAAAUUCUCCAGCAUCUUAGGAGCCUAAUGACUAGAUGAAUCCAGAACAUGAGCAAGUGAUUGUGAUCUGUUUGAAGAGCUGUAAUUUCCUAGUUUUACCAAUGUGUAUUUUCAGUGGAUGGCAUUUAUCCGAUCACUUACCCUGGGGUAUCUGCUGGAUAACCACAACACAACCUGGCUGUGGGUCUUUGUGAUUAGCUUGCAGCCCCAUCUGUAGAUGUUAGCUCCGUGAGGAGAAGGGCAGGCCUUCAGAAAAGCCACUGUACUCACACAAAUAUUCUUGUGCUUGAGGCACAUAUGUAUUCAUGCGGUGUCUUGCAAUUUCAAGCUAUGACUUUGUUGAUGUUAUGUUUUUUAUUGGGCAUUAGUCUUCCUAGUUUCUCACAGAGAAUACAUAAAAUAUAUAUAAAAUCCAGCAGGCAAAUAAAUCCUUGUGCAUUAAAACAUCAAAAAACAUCAAAGCAGGGUUCAUUUCUCUGCUGUAAAGCGAAAUUACCUGGAUAAAGGGGGUCUGUACUGUUUUCUGGAAUAGGAAGGCUGUGUAAGAGUUUCAGAAGCCUAGCAGGAGAUUGUGUCCUACCCUCACCUCAUCCACUGAAUCAGCAAUUACUGUUCCCUUUUGAGAGAGUGAAGGAGAACUUAUUCUUUCACCAGACAGAACAGGUUUUCAUCAAGUAAUUUGGUGCUGGAGCUCUGCCAGAUGUGACCAGCAUUGGAUAUUUGUAGUACACUCAAACUUCUUUUGUUGUAGCCUAAAUAAACAUUUUUAUCGUGUGA